AUUCCACCCUGGCUCGAUGCAAGAAAUCGUCUCCAGAGACGGGUGAGGACGGGCGUUUUAUUUCCCUUCCCGUCCUCGUCCUCGUCCUCGUCCUCGUCCUCAUCCCCGGAUGGAGCUCGGAAAAACCCUAACCCUAACCCUAACGCUGGCUCCAAGAAAUCGCCUCGAUCACCUCGUGUGAUCCCUCUCUCCUCGCCGGUCUCGUGGUUUCCUUUGAAGGAGGGGGAGGAGAAGGGGAAUGGAGAACCACAAGAAGUCCCUGCUGCGGCUCCGCCUCCGGGUGACGGCGAAGAAGCGGGGGCGGGACCCGGGGUCCUCCGGCGGCGCCUCCCGGAAGCUGCGGGAGCGGGACUGCGUGAAUUCGGUGCGGAAGCUCCAGCGCCGCGAGAUCGGCGGCCUCCCCCGGAUGGCCCGCGGCGCCUCCUCCAACGCUCCCGAGAAGUUCCGCAACAUUCAGCUGCAGGAGGAGUUUGACACUUAUGAUCAUAAUGUCAAUUGGUUUCUCAAAUUACAAUUUCUUAAGAAAAGAUCCAAAAUCAUCGAGAUUGUUGCAGCAAAGGAUGUUAUAUUUGCUCUUGCACAAUCGGGCCUCUGUGCUGCUUUUAGUCGGACAACAAACAAACGUAUUUGCUUCUUGAACAUCAGCCCAGAUGAAGUGAUUAGAAGUCUCUUUUAUAAUAAGAACAACGAUUCACUUAUCACAGUGUCAGUUUAUGCAUCGGACCACUUCAGUUCCUUGAAAUGCAGGACAACUCCAAUAGAGUACAUCAGGAGGAAUCAGUUAAAUGCUGGAUUCCCUCUUUUUGAAACGGAGUCUCUUAAGUGGCCUGGUUUUGUUGAAUUUGAUGAUGUAAAUGGCAAAGUACUAACAUAUUCGGCUCAGGAUGGCAUCUACAAGGUCUUUGACCUAAAGAACUACAACUUUUUGUACUCAAUAUCGGAUAAUAAUGUGCAGGAGAUAAAAAUCAGUCCAGGAAUCAUGCUGUUAAUAUUCCAGAGAACUCCUGGUUAUGUUCCAUUGAAGAUACUCUCAAUCGAAGAUGGAACAGUUUUAAAAUCUUUCAAUCACUUAUUGCAUCGCAAUAAGAAGGUUGACUUUAUUGAGCAGUUCAAUGAGAAGCUUUUGGUCAAGCAAGAAAAUGAGAACCUCCAGAUUCUUGAUGUGAGGAAUUCCGAGUUAACGGAAGUUAGCAGGACUGAGUUCAUGACUCCUUCAGCAUUCAUCUUUCUGUAUGAGAAUCAUCUUUUCUUGACAUUCCGAAACAGGACGGUUGCUGUAUGGAAUUUCCGUGGAGAGCUGGUCACCUCCUUUGAAGACCAUUUGCUGUGGCAUCCUGAUUGUAAUACCAAUAACAUCUACAUCACCAGUGACCAGGAUCUGAUAAUCUCCUACUGCAAAGCUGAGGAAGGGUGUGAAGAUGAUGGGGAAGUUUCUGCUGUUGGCUCCAUCAACAUGAGCAACAUCUUAACAGGAAAGUGCAUUGCCAAGAUAUGUGCAAGUGAUCCUGCACUCCAGAUCAGUCCUCGUAGGAGAGGUGACGCUGGCCGAUCUUCUAUCCGGAGCACCGUCCGGGAAGCACUUGAAGAUGUAACAGCUUUGUUCUAUGAUGAGGAUAGGAAUGAGAUCUAUACUGGCAACAAGCAAGGUUUGAUACAUGUGUGGUCUAAUUAACCCUCUGAUGAUUGGAGUGGAUCUCUGGGAUUAACUUACCUGUAUUAUAUAUAUUAUGAUUCCAGAGAUAGGCUUCAUUUCAUAUCUUGCUGUAUGUUUGCCUGGUAUAUGACUUAGGUGUUUUGCCCUGCCAAUUCAUGGUGUAUAUUUGUUAUAGUUUUUAUAGCAUAAAAUGUAUGGCAGAUAAUCUGAAUCUGAAGUGUGGUGCCGCUGCUAGUAAAAGUUUGCAUUUUUCGCCCCCUUUUGUUAUAUAAUAUUGGAUGUUUAACAUAAUGUAUUUUAAGUAGGAUAUUGAUCAAUUC